AUGCCAUUCAUCAAACUAAACCCUCACCCACUAGGAGAUCUCCCAAAUCACCCCGAUAUCGAUAGCCCCUCAUCCCAGGAUGUGGCCUCACUCAUCCAAACAAUUCUCCUCGAAGCCGACCCACUUCUAACCAAGCUCCGGUCAAACCUCCAAACAGACUCCAAAGGCCGCCCAUCCCCACCCUCAAAAGCAAAAGUAGAACUCUCACAGGGUCUCCACGACAAUGAAUUCUGGGUAUGUCGCCAAAGUGACCAUCAAGACUCCGCCAUAGAUGGCACAGGGUCCUGGCGCGAAUUUGAGGCAGGCUUGCGUCAUAACCACGCCGAACAUGAAAUGGAGUAUACGCCCAGCGUGACAAAGGUCAAGCAGCUCCUCAAUUGGGAUAAAGACUCCCACUUUGACUCCAGUAAACGAAUUGAGGUUUUAAAUACCGGAUAUAAAGAUUUCAUCGUUGAGCUCAACCUAAUAGUCCACACUUUCCACCCGCAAGCCCUAAUCCGGCCUCGGGCGUUUAUAUCUUGGACUGUGUCUGCAAGCUUCGAGACCAAGUCAGAGAAUGGUGAGCAGAGCACGGAAGCGCAAACAGGCUUCAUCACAGUGCAGGUUCCAUUCCGUCUCCCCAAUCCCACCGAGGCAUCAGAGUAUGGGCAGCUCUGUGCGGAAAUCAGAGAGUCUGUUCCGCCGCGGACAAUCUUCGGUCAUUAUGCCAGUAUUGAGCGGGUGGAACUAGUCGCCCCCACCACUCUUGAGACUUCUUCUGGUCGUCUUAUUCAGUGGACUAUGGCGACGACGUCAGAGGCUGGUGGGAAGAUACCGCAGUGGGUUCAGCGGAAUUGGACGCUGGGCGGGGUGCCCAAGGCUGUUGUUGCUGAUGUGGGGUUGUUUAUUGGGUGGGUUAUGAAGAGGAGGAAGGGGAGGUUGGAAGAAGAGUAA